GGAGAUUCCGGGUCGACGCCUUUCCUGACCCUGACCAGAGGCGUUCCCAAAAAUUCAUUAUUUCCUUCCUCCAGCGGCUUGUCUGCCCCGGGCAAAGGCGAAAUCCCCUGGAUGCAAGCAGUCGGCUUGUUCUACUAGCCAGCCGGGCUUUUUGAACCCGCCAGCCCCAUCCUGGGUUUCUUUUUGCUGAGCAGAGGCGCUGCUCCGAGGCGGAGACUUCAGCCUCUCCCGGCGUCGGGCAGCGCAGCUCGCAGCAAGCCCUGGAACGGCUUCCGCAGCCCUUUCGCUUUCUCGAGCGGCAGCGGCAGCGCCAUCUAGGAGCCCCGGCGCGCACAGCGCUCUCUCCUCCCCGGACGAGCCUUCCUUGGCACUGAAGGGCAACGAGAGAGCAAGGCCGCCGAGACGGCCCAAGAGCUCCGCAGGUUUCCCCCGCUGGACUGGAGGGGCGGCCCGCGGCCAAGGCGAGCCGCUGCUGGGGCUGAGCGAAGGCGCAGUCAUGAGCCGCCGCCAGGGCCACGAGAGCUGCCGCAGCCGCCGCAGCGGAGAGGAAGACGAGAGGCAAGAGGCGGCUCUCCAGAAGCUGAUCGUCCGGCUGCAAAACGUCCAGGAAGGGAAGCAAGUGGAGACCUUGCUCCAGAUUCUGGAAGACCUCCUCGCCGUCGCCUCUUCGCCGAGCGGUCCCAGAUUACUCCGUGGGGAAAACGUUCAGGUGCCUUUGCUGCUGGUGUUGGUCUCUUACAUGCGGGUGGCAGACGUGCAACAGAUUGGCUGGUCACUUCUUUGCAAACUUAUUGAAGUCUGUCCAGAUGUGCUUCAAAGGCUAGCGGCUCCUCAAGGAGUUGGAAAGGAAUGGGAAGUACUUGGUGUUCACCAACAGAUUCUUAAAAUGCUUACGCUCCACCAUGCGAACAUACACCUUUCAGUUGUUGGACUAAGAGCACUGAAUCUGCUUCUUAUUUCAGAUGCAAUAACACUUCUUCUCUUGGAAGAAGGGACUGAUGUGUUUCUGCUGUUAUUUGACGCCAUGGAUACUUUUUCUGAUAAUGAAGAGAUCCAGAAAUAUGGAUGCCAAGCUUUGCAGAUGCUCCUUGAAAAAGUUCCAGAGGAGCAGCUGAUUGAAUUUGUUGAGGACCGAGAUCAUACAAUCCUACUCAAUGUAUUGAAAAAAUUCCCAGAGAAAGAAAACAUAGUACUUCUUGCACUUCUUUCUCUCCAUUCACUGGCUGGACCAUCCAGCAACGUGGAAGUUCUUAUGUCUGGAAAUGUGAGGUGUUACAACGUAAUAGUGGAGAUGAUGAAGAAGUUUCCCCACAGUGAACCAGUUCAGGAAGUGAGCUGCAGCUUGUUGCACAAACUUACGCUGGGAAACUUUUACAAUAUCCUCGUGUUGAAUGGUGUACAUGAAGUCAUUGUACAGGCUGUUGACAAGUACCCUGCAAAUGCAAAGCUACAGGCGGCGGGCCUCAGCUGUUUGGCUCUUCUCACAGAAACAAUAUUUUUAAACAGAGAUUUGGAAGGAAAAAAAGAAAAGGAAGAAAAGGAGGAGGGAGAGCAAUUAUAUUGGUUGGAAGCCUGUUAUAAAGCCUUAAGGUGUCACCGAAAAAAUGUUGAUGUACAGGAAGCUGCAUGUUGGGCUUUGAACAACCUCCUUAUGUAUCAAUCACGUCUUCAUGAGAAGAUUGGAGAUGAAGAGAAAAAGUUCCCAGCACACAGAGAGAUGAUGCUAGCCAUGUUAGUGCAUUCCAGCUCAAAAGAGGUGUUUCAAGCAGCUGCAAAUGCCCUGGCAACUCUAUCAGAACAAGAUGUAGGUAUUAGGAAAAUCCUCUUGGCAAAAGGAAUACACAUGAAUGUGCUGGAGAUAAUGAAGAAGUACAUCUCCCCUGAAGUCGCAGAAAGCGCUUGCAGAUUACUGUACCAUACAUUUGAGGGAAGUUGCCCUCCUUUGGAUAUAAUGACAGUGGCCGCAUCCAGAGUUGUAAACAUUAUGAGGAGGCAUAAAAAAUUGUCAUCUGUGCAGCUAGAAGCACUUCGAAUUAUAUUACAUUUUAUGAAUCCACGAGAAAUAAAAGAACAGCUGAAUAGCUCAUCAGAAGAUGCUGACCUAGCUCUGACGUUAAAAGUGAUUAAAAACCAGUGCUUGUUGGAAGGGACUCACACGCUAGUCCUGGAUGCUCUGAACAGGUUUAUUGGAAGUCCGGGCAUUCAGAGAUGUGGAUUUCAGAUACUUUCCUCUGUAGUGGAAUGUUCAGGGGCUCUUGAAAUGUUGUUGCAGCAGGGCAUGACAGACACACUCCUCCACUCUCUGCAAAUGUAUCCUGAUGAUCAAGAAAUACAAUGCAUAGGAUUAAGUCUUCUGGGGACUUUGAUCACAAGAAAGAACUUGUGUCUUGCAACAAUACACGUCCUGGCAACAGUUCUGGUUUCUGCUUUGCGACGAUUUAAGGAUGAUGUUGAAAUACAGAUGCACGGAUUUCACGCAAUUAUAACAAUACUUGACCUAUCGCCUUGCUUUGCUAAGCUGCUGAUCCAGGAGUCAUUUGACACUGCUAUUUUCUAUCAGAUGUCCAUGUGCUUCAGUGAAAAGAGAGACCAGCAGUUUCAGAGUCUUUGUUGUAAAUGUUUUGCUAAGAUAGCUGAUGAUGAUGAUCUGAAAAACUUAAUGUUGGAGAAAGCAUGUGUCGAAAACAAUAUCAUUAUGUCUGAAUGUCUGCUGCUGCUCGGAGCUGAUUUGAAUAAGAAGACAAAGACAAACGCCUUGAUUUAUCAAGUCUGUGAGAAAGGAAGCAAUCCUGAGUUGGUGGAACUGCUGUUGAACAGUGGUGCUCGUGAGCAGGAUGUUCGGAAUGCUCUAACAGCCAGCAUCAAGAAGGGAGACAGCCAGAUCAUUAGCUUGCUCUUAAAAAAACUUAGCUUGGAUGUAGCCAACAGCAGCAUAUGUCUUGGAGGAUUUGGCAUUGGUAGAAUUGAACCUUCUUGGCUGACCCCUUUCUUUCCAAACAAACGAACUUCCUUCAAGAAACAAACUUAUGCAGGUUCUGUAUUGGCCAGAUUGGUGCUUAGAUAUCAGAGGAAAAGCAGCUAUGAAGACCAGUCAAAAUCCAGUUCUGAUGUAAACACUGAAGAAGAUGCAUUGGAGAAAUAUGAUGAUUGGGCGUUCCUGCCUGACCCAUCAGUUGACGACGUUUUCCGAAUGAAUGAUGAUGUGGAUAGUGAAGGGAGUGAAAGCUCAUUUAUCACAAAGAAGAAAUCCAGCUCUGUGGCAAUUGCAGAUCUCCAUAAAGACACGGCUUCACAGACAUGUUCUUCUAUUCCCCAAAGGCAUUCCAUGGGUCCUGGAUCACAUUAUGAACCCUUAAUGGAUCAGAGAAGAAAAAUAAAGUCUUCUGCUGACAAGGGCAUAUCUAAAUUCCAGUCGAGUUUAAAGAGGUCGGACAGUUUUUCUUCAUUGGUCUUCGACAAGGAAUAUAUUAAGUCACUGGACCUUUCAUCAAAUGAGCUGGAGAAUAUAGACAGCGUCUGCCACUGCUCUUUCCUGAUUACUCACUUGGAACACCUUGAGAAAUUAGAGCUGCAUCAGAAUGCACUUUCUCGUAUUCCAGAACAACUGUGUGAGGCCUUGAAACAUUUGAAUUACCUGGAUCUGCAUAGCAACCACUUUACAUCUUUUCCUACGUACCUGUUGAAAAUGCCUUGUAUAGCAUACCUUGAUGUCUCACGCAACGAUAUUGGCCCUUCCUUAAUUUUCAAUUCUAAGUUUGUCAGUAACUCUCUAAAGCUGCUGAAUUUAUCUUACAACCAAUUAUUGUGUGUUCCUGAAUUUCUUGCUGAUGUUGCAGGAAAACUGGAGCAUCUUAUAUUAGAAGGUAACAAAAUUGCGGGUAUAUCCUCACCUAUACAUUUGAAAGAACUUAAAGUUUUAAACAUUAGCAAAAAUGCUAUUUCUUUCCUUGCUGAGAAUUUUCUGAAGGAGUGCUUGAAACUAGAAAUACUCAGUGCUGGGAUGAAUUUACUUAAUACUAUCUUGGACUUGCCAUCCAACAUAACUACAUUAACAUUAUCUCAGAACAGAUUUUCUAGUAUUCCAGACGCUAUUCUUCUCCUCCCUCAUUUGCGUUCUGUAGAUCUGAGCAACAAUAAAAUCAUAAGCCUGCCCGGGCCUGCGCACUGGAGAUCUUCUAAUUUAAGGGAGCUGCUGUUCAACUGUAAUCAAAUAGAUGUUCUAGACUUGAAUGAAAAACCUUACUCAUGGCUUCGACUUGAAAAGCUGCACCUGUCCCACAACCAGUUAAAAGAGAUUCCCCCUCAGAUUGGAUUCCUGGGUAAUUUGACAUCUCUUGAUGUCAGUUAUAAUCCAGGUUUAAGCUCCUUCCCUGAUGAAAUGGGAAAGUUGUCCAAAAUUUGGGACCUGCCUUUAGAAGGGCUGCAUCUUAAUUUGGAUUUCAAGUACGUAGGAUGGAAAGCCAGGGACAUUAUAAGGUUUCUUCAACAGCGUUUAAAGAAAGCAGUCCCUUAUAACCGGAUGAAACUCAUGAUCAUUGGGAAUACUGGCAGUGGUAAAACUACACUCUUGCAGCAGCUAAUGAAAACCAAACGGCCAGAUCUGGGAGCGCAGAAGGCUACUGUGGGCAUCGAUGUGAAUGACUGGAAAGUUCAAGUAAAGGGCAAAAUAAAGAAAGAAGUGGUGUUAAACAUCUGGGAUUUUGCAGGUCAGGAGGAAUUCUACAGUGCCCAUCCCCACUUUAUGACCCAGAGAGCUCUGUACCUUGCUGUUUAUGACUUAAGUAAAGGAGAAGCUGAAGUGGAUGCUAUGAAGCCAUGGCUAUUUAACGUAAAGGCACGAGCAUCAUCAUCCCCUGUGAUUCUCAUUGGCACUCAUUUAGACGUAUCUAAUGAGAAACAACGUAAAGCUUGUGUCGGUAAAAUUACCAAGGAGCUGCUGAAUCAGAGGGGGUUUCCAGUAAUCCAGGAUUACCAUUUUGUGAAUGCUACAGAAGAAUCUGAUACCAUGGUCAAACUUAGAAAAACGAUCAUAAAAGAGUGUCUGAAUUUCAAAAUAAGAGACCAGCCGGUUAUUGGGCAGCUAAUUCCAGACAGCUAUUUGGAACUGGAGAAGAAGAUUCUUCAGGGGCGUUCUAAUGUCCCAACUGAAUUCCCUGUGAUUGAUCAGAAACAAUUAUUAGAGCUGGUGCAAGAAAACAAGCUGCAAUUGGAUGAGAAUGAGCUUCCUCAUGCUAUUCAUUUUCUGAAUGAGUCAGGAGUACUGCUACACUUUCAAGACCCGGCACUUCAGUUGAGAGAUUUGUACUUUGUUGACCCCAAAUGGCUAUGUAAAAUCAUAGCACAGAUCUUGACAAUUAAGGUCGAAGGCUUUCCUAAGUACCCGAAGGGAAUUAUCAAGCGUUCCGAUGUAGAAAAUUUCCUUGCAAAGAAGAGUAAAUUCCCCAGGGUUUACAUGUCACAAUACUUUAGGCUUCUAGAGAAGUUCCAGAUUGCACUGCCGCUUGGAGAAGAUCAGCUGCUGGUUCCAAGCAGCUUAUCAGAUAACAGACCUGUCAUAGAGCUACCCCACUGUGAAAAUUCAGAAAUUAUCAUUAGGCUAUAUGAAAUGCCAUAUUUUCCAAUGGGAUUCUGGUCUAGGCUUAUCAACAGAUUGCUUGAAGUGUCUCCAUAUAUGCUUUCAGGAAGAGAACGAGCUCUUCGUCCUAACAGGAUGUAUUGGAGGCAAGGCAUAUACCUGAACUGGUCACCCGAAGCAUACUCCCUUGUGGAAUCAGCAGUUUUUGAAAAUAAUCCAAAUAGUUUCCUAAAAAUUACUGUGCCUUCUUGCAGGAAAGGUUGCAUUCUCCUGGGGCAAGUUGUAGAUCACAUCGAUUCUCUAAUGGAAGAGUGGUUUCCUGGGCUGUUAGAAGUGGACGUAUGUGGUGAAGGAGAAACACUCUUGAAGAAGUGGGCUUUGUAUAGUUUUGAGGAUGGUGACGAGCAUCGGAAAAUAUUACUUGACGACCUACUUAAAAAAGCAGAAGAAGGUGACCUCUUGGUAAAUUCAGAUCAGCCAAAAUCUACAAUUCCAAUAGCCCAGAUUGCUCCUGACCUGAUACUGGCUGAUUUGCCUAGGAAUAUCAUGUUGAACACUGAGGAACUAGAAUUUGACCAAAGACCAGAAUUUCUUUUAGGUGAUGGUGGAUUUGGAUCUGUAUAUCGUGCUUCUUACGGUGGUGAAGAAGUCGCUGUGAAGAUUUUUAAUAAGCAUACAUCACUUAGACUCCUAAGACAAGAACUUGCAGUGCUUUGCCACCUUCAUCAUCCUAGCUUAGUGUCUCUACUGGCUGCAGCUGUGCGUCCCAGGAUGCUGGUCAUGGAACUCGCCCCUAAGGGAUCACUAGAUCGAUUGCUGCAACAAGACAGUGCAACUUUAACCAGGACGCUCCAGCACAGGAUAGCUUUACAUGUAGCUGAUGGCUUAAGGUAUCUACAUUCAGCAAUGAUUAUCUACCGUGAUUUAAAGCCCCAUAAUGUCCUGCUUUUCACGCUGUACCCUAAUUCAGCAAUCAUUGCAAAGAUUGCGGACUAUGGCAUUUCUCAGUAUUGUUGCAGAAUGGGGAUAAAAACUUCAGAAGGCACUCCAGGAUUUAGAGCACCAGAAGUUGCAAGAGGAAAUGUUAUUUACAAUCAGCAAGCUGAUGUUUAUUCAUUUGGCUUGCUCUUGUAUGACAUUUUAACAGCUGGUGGAAGAAUAUUAGAAGGCAUGAAAUUUCCAAAUGAAUUUGAUGAAUUAGCUAUCCAUGGAAAGUUGCCAGAUCCUGUAAAAGAAUAUAGCUGCUCUCCCUGGCCUGAAGUUGAGAACUUAAUAAAGAAGUGUUUGAAAGAAAAUCCCCAGGAAAGACCUACAUCUGCCCAGGUUUUUGAGAUUUUGAAUUCUGCAGAGCUCGUCUGCUUGAUGAGAUGCAUCUCACUACCCUGUACCUCUGUGUCUGAGUGCAUGGUUGCUACAAAUCAAAGCUGUAAAAAGACAGGUGUGUGGAUCGGGAGUGGGAACUCAGAAGCAUGGCAGCUCUCAUUCAUCAACUUAAAUACAGAUGGACAUACUUAUCAGGACAUUACAGAUUCCAGAAUAUUGUGCUUGGUCCUUGUGACCCUUCCUGCAGAACAGGAAAACUGGAUCGUAGCAGGAACCCAGUCCGGUUCUCUGUGGGCCUUUCCGAUGCAAGAUGAGAAAAACAAGCACCAAUUGCAGAAGAUGUCAGAUUCAGUCACAUGUCUUUAUUGCAACUCUUUUGCAAAGCAAAGCAAGCAAAGGAAUUUCUUUUUGGUGGGUACUGCUGAUGGACAGCUGUCAGUUUUUGAAGACAGAGCAGUACAGUGCAAGGGUGCACCACCUUUGAGGAUUCUGCCAGUUGGGAAUGCCAGCACUCCACUUGUAUGUUUGAAUCAAUCCAGUUAUUCAUCUGAAAAAAAUGUCAUCUGGGGAGGUUGCGGAACAAAGAUCAUCUCCUUGUCUAGUGACUUAUCUAGUCACAAACUCAUCGAGACAACAACAAGCCAACUGUUAUGCCACAAAGCUUACAGUGGCGCCAAUAUUAUUUCAAUCGCAGUAGACAAAUCAAUCUACUUGGCAAAGAAGAAUAGCUAUUAUGUGGAAAUUUGGGAUAAGAAGACAGAGAAGCUUUGUGAACUAAUAGACUGUGUACAUUUUCUAAAGCAAGAGGUGCCAAAGCUGAAUAAAGAAUCCAAACAAAGCCUUGCCUAUCUAGGAAGAGUGAAGAGUAUCUGUUUGCAGAGAAAUACAGCCCUGUGGAUUGGCACAGGGGGAGGGCAUAUCCUGCUGCUUGACCUCUCCACACGCCUCCCCAUAAGAAUCAUAAGCAACUUCUGCGAUUCUGUGAGACUCAUGAUGACAGCUCAGCUAGGCAGUCUCAAGAAUGUUGUUCUGGUUUUGGGUUGCUGCUAUACAAGUGGUAAAGACAACAAAUUCAACACAGGAAUGGAGACAUGUGUGUCUGUAUGGGACGUUAACCUGCCACAUGAAGUACAAAACCUGAGAAAACACAUUGAGAUAAGACAAGAGUUAGCAGAAAAAAUGAGGGGUUUGUCUUUUGAUUAAACAGCAAAGUGGAGAGGCAUCCAUUAAUUUUCUGGAGGCCAGUGAUUGUGGUGGAUGGCCUCUGUGCUAACUCCAUUGAAAUGUAAAGUGGAAAUGCUCGGGAGAAUGCACCUAUUUUGUAUAAAAUGGACACUAAUGGCAGGGAAUUGUAAUAAUUUCCCAAUGUUACUAUCUAUUGGAAGGGGAGCCAAAGUGUUUAUAAUGUUGAUACCAAAUUCCUUUCACUUGGUUACUGUUACGGCACUCCAUUUUUGGAGUAACUCCAUUGUUCUGUUUUAUAGAUGUACACUGUUCUGUAUUUUAUAUGUACACACAUACACUUACUUGUAACUUUAAAAAACUAGAGCCUAGUGGUUAUUUAAAUACAAGAUGUCAUGCAGGUCUGUUUUCUUACUAAAGCUAAAAAUUAGCAUGUUAAACUCUUUUGGUGUUGGUGCUUGAAUUGGGAAAGACAAGUCACUGAAGAUUUUACACUAUAGUUGGGCAAGGAAACUAUAGAGCAGUGGAAAUUACUCGUGCAAAUGUACAGUGUUGUUAACAUUUGCAGAGUUGAGUGCUGGGUUCAGAUCCUGCUGUAAACAGAGCUCAUAUAGAUAAAUUUGGCAUCCGUUUCUGAAGUGACUCUGCUCACCUGUGAUUGUAUAAUCCCACAACAGAUUAGCCAUUCUGAGGUCUUUUAUCACCAGAACAUGCAACUAUUAUAUCAUCUUUAGGAUGCCCUCUCUGCCUUUCACAUUGCCACUUUGCUCUGUAAACUUAAGGAUUAAAGAAGGGUUUGUUAACAAAAAGGUGUUUAAAUCUCUCACACAUACUCCAGUGCCAUGUGCAUUGUAACAAUCUGGAGUCAUGAGGAGAAAUCUGAAUCCUGCUCAGUGAGGUAUUGCCAAAGAGUCCUUGGAUAGUUUACAUUUUUAACUCCUCUCUCAAUGCUGGAGCUCCUGAAGAUUGGCUCAUCCAUUUUUGUCUGUCUGGCGUCAUGACUGCGUGUAGAGUCAUCGUUGUGCAGCUCCAAUGUAACCUGUUCUUGUUGUUUGUUGCAAACAAUAGAUUUAUAUUAGAGUGUAUAAUUUUAAAACUGUACAUUGUUAUAAAAAUAAUUUUUUGUAUCUUUCGCACAA